AUGGGACAUAAUAAAAUAAAGACAGUCAAUACCCCAGCGACCAAAAACCGAGCUGAACGAGCCAAGCGCAGAUAUCUUACCCACGUCCCUGAUCUUACAGAGAGCAUUAAUCAAGAGUCACUUGAGCACGGCGAUGAAGCAACAAACGCCAUACCAGAUCAAACACUACCUGUUGACAUGCCAGAAAUACAAGAAGUAGAGACAAGUACAUGUACCACAAGCCAAGAUAAUUUUUUAAUUGGAAUUACCCCACAAGCUACAAAACAAAAUGCAGAAUGCCAGACCGACCUCAGUGUACAAGAUAUCAGGAAUAUGGAAUAUUUUAUUAAUAGUUCAACAGCUGAAAUAGUGGACAUGAAGAAAAUCAUUAUAGAUUUAGAGAAGAAAGUCUUGGAGCGCACAUUAUCUCAGAAAAGCUUUCAGAAUAAUGAUGCAAAAGCAAGGUUUUACACUGGACUACCCAAUUUUGCAAUACUGUUAUCAGUGUUCAAUCUUGUGGCUCCCUAUGUCAUUUCAACAUCAAGAAAUGCUUUGCCAAAGUUCAAUGAAUUUGUUUUAGUACUUAUGCGUCUACGUUUAAACCUGCAAUUGCAAGACCUUGCAUACAGAUUUAACAUCUCUCCUACCACUGCUUUUAGAAUUUGUGAAAAAUGGAUUGAUGCAAUGAAUGAAAAACUGAGCUUUUUGAUUUGGUGGCCUGAACGUGAACAAUUAUGGAAAACAAUGCCACGAAUCUUCAAAAAAAAUUUUGGAAGCAGAGUUGCAGUAAUCAUCGACUGCUUUGAGGUUUUCAUAGACAGACCAUCAAGCUUAAUUGCCCGAGCAAUGACAUGGUCGAACUAUAAACAUCAUAACACUGUCAAAUUUUUAAUUGGAAUUACCCCACAAGGUGCGAUUUCAUUUAUAUCUAAUGCAUGGGGUGGUCGAGUAAGCGACAAGUACCUAACAGAGAACAGUGGAUUCCUAAAAAAAUUGUUACCAGGGGAUAUAGUCCUAGCUGACCGUGGUUUUGAUAUAGCUGAUAGUGUUGGCCUUUGCAGAGCAAGUCUUAAGAUCCCAGCUUUCACCAGGGGAAAAAAUCAGUUAUCUGCAUUAGAUGUUGAAGAGACAAGGAAGAUUGCCAAUGUUCGAAUACACGUCGAAAGGGUAAUUGGUCUUGUAAGAAGGAAAUACACUAUAUUACAGACCAUAUUGCCAAUUGAAUUUGUAUCUGCAAAACAAGGACAAACUGAAGCUCCAAUUGACAAAAUUGCUCGUGUGUGCUGUGCACUAACUAAUUUGUCUGACUCUGUUGUUCCCUUUGAAUGA